AUGUUGGAGAUUAAACAUCUGCUGGUUCUUCUUGUCCUUCAGCCAGAACAAUGGCGCGAGAUUAUGAACAGGAAGAUGCAGUUCCCUCCAGAGCUCAUCAGUGCCAUUCAGGAGGGGAAAAUAGAGCUGCUGUGUGGUCUGCUGAAGACGGGCGAUGGCAUUGUCCGCCAGCUGGAUGAAUCUGAGGAUCGGCAGUGGAGGGAGGCCCUCAACCUCUCCAUCCGUCUGGGUAGCGAGGACGCCAUGGACGCCCUCCUGCAGGGGGUCAAGUUCGACUUCCGGCAGAUUCAUGAGGCUCUCCUUGUCGCCGUGGACACCAACCAGCCCAUCGUGGUGAAGCGUCUGCUGGACCGCCUGGACCAGGAGAAAGGCAACAAGAUGGACGUCCGAUCCUUCUCUCAGGCCAUCUUUGACCACUCUAUUGACAACUCACAGUUUGCCCCAGGUGUGACCCCUCUGACCUUGGCUUGCCAGAAGGACCUGUAUGACAUAGUGGCCAUGCUCUCCCAGAAAGGCCACGUCAUCCCAUGGCCACAUAAGAUAUCCUGCGCCUGUCUGGAGUGUCGAAACGGCCGACAGUACGACCUGCUGAAGUUCUCCUUGUCUCGCAUCAACACCUAUCGUGGCAUUGCCAGCCGUGCCUACCUGUCCAUCACCUCCGAUGACGCCAUGCUCAGCGCUUUCAGUCUCAGCAGAGAGCUCCGCAAGCUGUCGCAGAAAGAGCCCGAGUUCAAGCCUCAGUAUCUGAGUCUCGAAGAGCUCUGUCAGGAGUUUGCUGUUGAGUUGUUGGGCAUGUGUCGCAACCAGAGCGAGGUGACCACUAUACUGAACAGCUGUGGAGACGAGAGUCAAGAUGCCUUAAAUGAUCAGGCCUUCGAGGAGGGAAUACCCAACCUGUCACGUCUGCGGCUUGCUGUCAACUACAACCAGAAGCAGUUUGUGGCGCAUCCAAUCUGCCAGCAGGUUCUGUCAUCUAUCUGGUGUGGGAACCUGGCGGGCUGGAGAGGCAGCCGGACGGCCUGGAAGCUGUUUGUCUCUGUGGGGAUCUUCCUCACCAUGCCCCUUCUUUGCCUUGUCUAUUGGAUUGCACCAAAGUCAAAGGCUGGAAAGAUCCUAAAGAUUCCUGUGAUCAAGUUUCUCCUCCACUCUGCAUCAUAUCUGUGGUUUCUCAUCACUCUACUUGGAGAAUCGAUCACCAUGGAGAUGUAUCGAGACAAAUUUGCUUCCCGGCAACAGAACAUCCUGCACAGCUCCUUCCACAUGGUGUGGGUGGUCGGAUUCUUCUGGUAUGAGUGUAAGGAAGUGUGGAUCGAGGGGCUGCGGAGUUACUUCCUGGACUGGUGGAACUGCUUGGACGUGAUGGUGCUGAGCAUGUACCUGGCAUCCUUUGCGUUACGUGUGCUCAUCAUGCUCAAAGGCUACUUCCUCUGCCAUGAUCAUAAUGGCACAGAGGAGUGCGUCUACUUCACCCAGACUGUGCGAGACGACUGGCAUCAGGAGGACCCUCAGCUGAUCGCGGAGGUGCUGUUUGCAGUGACCAGCAUGCUGAGUUUCACACGGCUGGCCUACAUCCUGCCAGCCCACGAGUCUCUGGGAACGCUGCAGAUCUCCAUAGGGAAGAUGAUUGAUGACAUGAUGAGAUUUAUGUUCAUACUGAUGAUCAUUGGAACAGCUUUCCUCUGUGGCAUCAACAAUGUCUACGUUCCUUAUGUCAUCUCUCCACAUCUUGGCAGGUUUAACGAGACGUUCCACUUCUUAUUCUGGACCAUGUUUGGCGUGGCCAACCAGGACUACGUGGACAUGCCACAGUUUGUGUUGGCAGAGUUCGUAGGAAGGAUUCUGUACGGCAUCUUCACUCUUGUCAUCGUCAUAGUCCUCCUCAACAUGCUUAUUGCUAUGAUCACCAACUCCUUUCAGAAAAUUGAGGAUGAUGCAGAUGUUGAGUGGAAAUUUGCCAGGUCUAAGCUGUACCUCAGUUACUUCAGAGAGGGUCUCACCAUGCCUGUACCUUUCAACAUCAUCCCCUCACCCAAAGCCGUCUUGUACAUCUUGAGGGGUACCUUCAGACGAAUCUGCUGCUGUACUUGUUCUUCUGAGCAAAAUUAUCCCCUAGCCUCGAUGGGCAACAAUAAGGGAUCUGAAGACAGCCAGAUACCUUACCGGCAGCAGGUGAUCAGGGCACUGGUGCAGCGCUACAUUGAAUCGGCUCGCAGGGAGUUUGAGGAGACCAAGAGGAAAGACAUUGGAAAUCGGAUCACUGAGCUGAACAAAGCAGUCGGCAGGUUGCACGGUGAUAUGAAAGUGAUGCAGCAGCUUCUGGUGGAUGAUGGACACACUGCAAGUGAUGCAUUCACCAAAGACGGCUCCUCUAUACUGGGAAAAUACAUCAUUGGUGCCAAGAACAAUUUCAGAGGUUUUAACAGCAGACAGGAUGACAAAAACACAUCACUUAAAGUGACGGUGCACCAAGGAGAGGAAGAGGCGGAUAACGAAACGGUGGAAUCUGAUGCUCAGCAGAACUCAGACACACAACAGAAUCAGCUGGAUGAAUGUGGGGCUGAGGGAUUGAAACAGGUAACAGACUGUGAUGUGGUGAAAAUGGAAGAAGGCAGAGCUAAAGAGGAUAAGAGGGAAGUUGUGAAAAAUGAGCAGACAGAAGAGGAAAAUAGUGACAAUGAAGUGAAAGAGGAGGUGACAGAAUCAACAAGUUGUAAUAAUGUAGAAGGAAAGGUGAAAGCUGAGGGCGUACAUGAUGAGGCAGGGAAAAGCAGGGAAGCAGAGAUAAACACAGCAGUGAAGGUGACUGAAAAACUCACAGAGGUGAUUCCUGAACGCUGUGAAAACAGCAACGUCAGCUAUGAAAAGACAGAUACAAAGAAAAUACUGAACAAGUUCAAAGACAUGGAGCUGCAAGAGAAAGAAGAAGGAGAGGCAAGGUGGAUGAAGGGUAGAAAAUUUGAGGAUAAAAUUGCAGAGAAAUCUGGUGUUAGGGAGAGCAACGAAAAACUCGGAAGCAAGAAAAAUAUCCCCUCACCAACCGGAAGCAGCAGCUCCCAGGACACGGGCUUCGGUUCCCAAGAAGGGGAAGGAUCGAUUGAUGGCGCACUUGUGAGACGUUAGUGAUUUCCCUUUGAAAGGAGAUGCUGACAUUUCCAGUGUUUGGCCCUUUGGUCACCUUAUCUAAUAUCUGAUAAAGGGGUAUGAGUUAUGAGUGCACUGUUAAUCAUUGACGAAGGUUUUCCCUGCACAGAGAAACUGUUGACACUCACCAAACAGGUUUUAGCCCGCGCCAAAGGGAAAUCACCAGCAUUCAUUUACAUAACGUAAUUAUGUUUUUAUCAAAUCGUCAAAAGUAACAGGAAAAUGGAUAUAGUUCUGCCAGAUAAGGUAACACAAAUAUCAUGCUCCCCCUUAAGGCUCAAUCAGGCCCAGAAAAAACUCUGUUGACAGUUGGAUAUGUGUGGUUUGAUUUUCUGUUUCUGUUAAAUUUAUGACACAAAAAAUAAAUGAAGGGCCAGUGAAUGUGAUGUCAGUUUGCAUACAGGAUAUUUUCUACUGUCUAAGUGUAUCCAUGCAUGCCUGCAUUUUGUUAUAAUAAUUUAGAGAUUGUUAAACAUUUGUCAUGGCAUCCUAUUUUGAAGUCAAAAAGAAAAUUACAGUCUCGACACUAUUUCUUGCUUUGAUCACAGUUUAAAAGAAAAGCCGUAACAGCUAAAGGUCUGCAUUUUGGGAAAUAUAUGUAGGACAUAACCUCUCCAAAUUGCCAUUCUGACAUCAAAACAUAAUAUAAAGUGUUAACAAGUGAGCCCAGAGGUUGUUUAUAGGUUGCAAGUGACCUGUUCCCUAUUUCCAGUCUUGUGAUGAGAUAAGUCGCCUACCUGCUGGGUGAGGCUUCAUAUUUACUGCAUGGUCAUAUAAAUAAUGAAUAGUGAAAUAGUGAGAAACUUUUCAUGUCAACAGUCUAGGCAGCACCUGCAGCUCCCUGUAGAAAUUCUUCUCACAUCCAUGUGAAUUAAGUUGAAUUAUAUGUUCCUGAGACAGAAAACUAUGACGGAGAAAAAUCUGCUGCUUCCUUCUUUAAGCAAUAAACCUUUGGUAAAUUUUACACCUGUUUUUCCCACUUCUCUGAUCAAGACAAGUCACUUAAGUUCUUUCUGAUUUUUUAAAAUGAUGUCUUUCGUACAUCUCAUCACGUUUACAUAACCGGUAGAUUUAACGGCAACAAAAGUGAGUUUGACUAUUCAGUCCUAGAACAAGCAUUAGCUACAGCAAAUUAGCAUCAAGGUGCCUUAUACCCACUAAAAGUACGGUAGUCACCACUUCCAACUGCAAAAUGUAGCCUGGUUCAUUCAUCUCCUAAUAAGUGUGUUACAUACUGGUUGUACUGCUCAGAGCAAAGAUUCUCUGUUGGUCACUGGUUUCUUGUUAUGUAAUGUUUAAAUAUUUUGCACAAUAGAGUUACUUUGUAAAGCAAUUAAAUCAUUUG